UAUCGCUGCAAACUCAUCCCAGGGUCCACACGGCGCACACACAUUUCCCACCCGAACCGGAGGUUUACCUCAAUGAGGAAGGGCGAGCUGGACUCUUUGCCCGCUGUUUGAUUUCUCCAUUUGUCUUCCUCUUUUUUUUUUAGCAUAUAUCCUAUGUUUUGUUGUUCGUGGAAAGUGAACUUAGUGUUCAUAUUGUAACCAGCUGUUGAUUCGAAGUGAACCAAGGCGUUUUUAAGAAGCGCAACAAAGACAACCGACGAUCAGCUGCUCACCCGGACCAAACGCUGUUGGAGGUUUAAAUGCGGUUUUAAAAGAGCGACCCAAAGUUGAAUGAAUCUCCGGUGAACACGUGUUAAGAUGGAUCUGCGGGUGCUCCUGGUUUCAGUUCUGCUUGGACUCAGCAGCGCUCAACAAGAUGGUAACGACUGCACAAAGGCUUCGGCACAGUCCUGCGGAGAAUGCAUUCAGGCCGGAGAGAAGUGUGGAUGGUGUACAGACGUGAACUUUCUGAAACAGGGGGAGCAGAAGUCCACACGUUGCGAUGAGGUGGAGGCUUUGCUCAAGAAGGGCUGUACAGAAGCCAACAUAGAAAAUCCACGUGGACGUGUUGAGACCCUUAAGAACCAAAGUGUAACAAAUCGCAAAAAGGAUCAAGGAUCUCUGAAGUCAGACCAGAUCACCCAGAUUCAGCCACAAGAACUCAAACUUCAUCUCCGUUCAGGUGAAGCUCAGAAGUUUGCGCUGAAAUUCAAGAGAGCUGAGGAUUAUCCUAUUGACCUCUACUACCUGAUGGACCUCAGUUACUCUAUGAAAGAUGAUUUAGAGAACGUUAAAAACCUGGGAACCCAACUGAUGUCCGAAAUGCAAAAGAUCACCUCUGACUUCAGGAUUGGUUUUGGCUCGUUUGUGGAGAAAACCGUUAUGCCGUACAUCAGCACAACACCAGCCAAGCUGCUAAACCCUUGCACAUCAGACCAGAACUGCACAAGCCCAUUCAGCUAUAAAAAUGUACUGAGCCUGACUUCUGAGGGACACAAGUUUAAUGACCUUGUUAGUAGACAGCAGAUCUCAGGAAAUCUGGACUCGCCAGAGGGAGGGUUUGAUGCCAUCAUGCAAGUGGCUGUCUGCGCGAAUAAGAUCGGCUGGAGAAACGUGACACGUCUGCUUGUGUUUUCCACCGAUGCUGGAUUUCACUUCGCUGGAGACGGAAAACUUGGCGGAAUUGUGCUUCCCAAUGAUGGGAAAUGCCAUCUGGAGGAUAACAUGUACACUAUGAGCCAUUAUUAUGACUAUCCAUCCAUUGCUCAUCUCGUUCAAAAAUUAAGUGAAAACAAUAUUCAGACUAUUUUUGCAGUAACUAAAGAAUUCCAGCCUGUUUACCAGGAGCUGAAAAAUCUCAUUCCAAAGUCUGCUGUAGGAACACUGUCUUCAGACUCCAACAAUGUGAUAAAUCUCAUUAUUGAUGCCUAUAAUUCUCUCUCCUCUGAGAUCAAUCUGGAGAACAGCAGGCUGCCUGAAGGUGUGUCCAUCUCGUACGUUUCUCACUGCAAAAAUGGAGUAAGCAACACAGGAGAGGAUGGACGAAAGUGCUCCAACAUCUCAAUCGGGGAUGAGGUAACGUUUGACGUAGCGAUCACGGCCAAGGGUUGCCCAAAUAAUGGUAAUCCUGAGGAAAUAAAGAUCAAACUGCUGGGUUUCACAGAGGAGGUGUCUAUCAAACUUAACUUCAUCUGUGAGUGUGAGUGUCACACAGACGGGAUUCCAAACAGCCCGCAGUGUCAUUUUGGCAAUGGGACUUUGGAGUGUGGAGCAUGCAGGUGCAACGAGGGACGUAUUGGCAGGGUUUGUGAAUGUAGCAAAGACGAAGUGAGAACUGAGGAUCUGGACGCGAACUGUCGCAUGGAUAACGGGACGGACAUCUGCAACAAUAAUGGAGACUGCGUUUGUGGAACGUGCGAGUGUAAAAAGAGGGAUAAUCCAGAGGAGAGAUACAGCGGAAAGUUUUGUGAAUGUGACAACUUCAACUGCGAUCGCUCCAACAACAAACUGUGUGGAGGUCAUGGUCGAUGUGAGUGUCGGAAAUGUAUCUGUGAUGCUAACUACACAGGUAGUGCAUGUGACUGCUCUAUGGACACCUCAACCUGUUUGGCCAGUAACAAACAAAUCUGUAACGGUCGAGGCACUUGUGAAUGUGGAGUGUGUAAAUGUAGCGACUCCAAGUUUCAGGGCCCGACCUGUGAAAUUUGCCCGACCUGCCCUGGAGUUUGUGCUGAACACAAGGACUGUGUUCAGUGCCGAGCAUUUAAGACGGGUGACAAGAAAGAUACAUGCGAGAAGGAAUGUGCAUACUUCAAUCUAAGGAUGGUGCAGAAGAAGGAAGAUCUUCCUCAGCCGAAUGACCAGCCCUUCAUCAAUCACUGCAAAGAGCGAGAUGCUAAUGACUGCUGGUUUUUCUUCACUUACGCUACCAGAAAUGACAGCACUGUUGAGGUUCAUGUGGCAGAGGAGCUUGAGUGCCCCUCUGGUCCUGACAUCAUCCCCAUUGUAGCGGGUGUGGUCGCGGGAAUCGUUUUGAUCGGUUUAGCUCUGCUGCUCAUUUGGAAGCUGCUCAUGAUUAUUCACGACCGCAGAGAAUUCGCCAAAUUUGAGAAGGAAAAGAUGAAUGCCAAGUGGGACACGCAAGAGAAUCCCAUAUACAAGAGUCCCAUUAAUAACUUCCAGAAUCCAAGUUAUGGAUCUAAAGGCGUCACACUCUGAGGUGAGAACCCCAUUUACAAGAGCGCUGUGACCACGGUGGUAAACCCUAAAUAUGAGGGCAAGUAAUGGACACGAGCGUCGAUCUCCAAGCAACACUGUAUGCAAAGCAAUUCAAAAGGAGGAGUUUCAAAUUCAAGUUUUUUUUUUUGUUUGUUUGUUUUUAAAUCACCUUUUGGCCGUGCAUUUGCCACUGAUCUAUUAAUCUGUGUUUCUAUGCAUCGUUUUGACAUUUGUACAGUAUGUAUAAACUUUUUUAUGCAAUCUUCGACAUUUCAAUGUUCAGUUUAAUUUUUCGGUCUGUCGUGCCUUCUUUUUCUGAAUGUUGAAGCCGAUCGCUUUGGGUUAGAUAAUGGAGGAUGUUGUAUGUAAGAUGUUGUCGAGAAGAGAAAGAAAAUGUUAUCCAGAGAGAAAGACAAUCUAUGCUUCAGUCAUGCCUUCAGUGGCAAAAUCAGGUUUGUGUGUUUUUGAUGGUACAGAAAUCAUAUCAACCUGUGGAUGGAGCAUUUCUUCAUUGGGAUAGUAGGUAGGUGUUGCUGACUACUGCUAUGUGUGUGCAUGGUGCUUUAAUACAGAUGCACACAUGUCUGGGUGUAGAGAUUUAUGUGACUAGAUGUGUAUAGAAAGAGGAACUCUCGCUGUCUUUGGACUGAGAGUCAGAUGGUAAAGUCACCCAUCUAGCGCAAGUGGUUUAUUAAGCGCACAGUAAUGAUUUAAGAAAUCUUAAAAGGACAGUGUUAGCAUUAUUUUUAGUUGUUCUUUGCAGUACCCAAAGUGCAUCUGUCUUGUUUUACUAAAAACCAAUCAAGCAUCUUUUGCAAUGUGACGCUGACUUGGCAACAUGUCGUUCCUGUGACCACUGAAAAGACUUUUGAGGGACAUUUGAAUCAUGGUCUGUGAAUGAAACAAUCAACUUUUUUAUUGUAAUUAUUAUUAAAAACAUGUUGCAUGAAGGGAACUUCAGGUUUUACAAUACGAGAAGGUGAACUCAGGUCACUAAUUCUUUAAUUAAUAUCACUGAUGCCAAAUAUUUACUGUCUGCUGUGCAAGAACUAUGUUUUAAUAUACUGUCUGUAACUCUAAGUGGACUUGGUAUUUGUUCUUGGGUCCUUUUUUACAAGAUCAUUGCCCAAACAAAUUUUCAGAUUGUUGGAAAAGGUCAGUGUUAAGAGAAGGAUUUCUUGUGUUUUCCUUUAAUUUUUAAAGUUUAAUCUUUAAAGUUUUUUUAAGCUUGAUCGCAUCACACAGACUUAGUGUUUUUAAAGUGCCUUUUUUCCUCGUUUUUGCAUCAUCACAGUCUUUUGUUUUAUUAUUUAUUAAAUAAAGAGCUGAAAACACUGGA